CGUUAGGACCGGGAGACACGCCUUCUUCUCGCCCAGACCUUGCAGAUCCCCGCGGCUCGGCCGACCCAGGGGUGGUGCUACCAGUCCUGCCACCGGCAGUCCCGACGGGCAGGGGCCGGGGACCCAUCCCGAGCCACAGGCUGGAGAGCGGGGAGCCGUCCCCAUGAGUGGCGCCCGGUAGAGCGGAUCCCGAGCGGCCGCUGGCGUGGACAAGCCCCGGGGCUCACGGGCUUGGGGAAGGGAAAGGAGGUUUCUGAAACCCGACACCCGGCCCUCUUCGCGAGGAAACUUCGCCGGCUGUUUCUCAGCACGAUCCUCUACCCGGAUGGGAUCAGCCCUUCUUUACGGCAAGAGGAGAUUCUUACGGAUGACCAAAAAAGAGUGAUCUUGACAGAUGUGUUUUAUGGAAUGCAUGAUGUAGAGACAGACCACAAAACCAUUCUAGUUACUGUCACAGAGGACACAAUGCCUGCCGAGUCCAUCACUAUGACCGAUGGGGACUAUGACUAUCUGAUCAAACUCCUGGCCCUUGGAGAUUCGGGGGUGGGGAAGACGACAUUUCUUUACCGAUACACAGACAAUAAAUUCAAUCCCAAGUUUAUCACCACUGUAGGGAUAGACUUCCGGGAAAAACGUGUGGUUUAUAAUGCACAGGGACCCAAUGGAUCAUCAGGGAAAGCAUUUAAGGUGCAUCUUCAGCUGUGGGACACUGCAGGACAAGAACGAUUCCGGAGCCUCACAACUGCAUUUUUCAGAGAUGCCAUGGGUUUCUUAUUAAUGUUUGACCUCACCAGUCAACAGAGCUUCUUGAAUGUCAGAAACUGGAUGAGCCAACUGCAAGCAAAUGCUUAUUGUGAAAAUCCAGAUAUAGUAUUAAUUGGCAACAAGGCAGACCUGCCAGACCAGAGGGAAGUCAAUGAAAGGCAAGCCCGGGACCUGGCUGACAAAUACGGCAUACCAUAUUUUGAAACAAGUGCAGCAACUGGCCAGAAUGUGGAGAAAGCCGUGGAGACCCUUCUGGACUUAAUAAUGAAGCGAAUGGAACAGUGUGUAGAGAAGACACAAGUCCCUGACACCGUCAACGGUGGAAACUCGGGAAAGCUAGACGGGGAGAAACCAGCAGAGAAGAAAUGUGGCUGCUAGUUCCUGCAUAGGAACUGAUCGUCAAAAACCCCACCCAAAUAUUACUUCCCAAAACGGCGGCAAACCACAAAAUUGUUGUUGAGUAGACCAUGCAUACUGGCAUAUCUUGCUUUUCUGCCUGAAAAAUCUAUUUUAAGAAACCAGAAUA